AAUUAAACUAAAGAAAAUACACUCAUAUAAGAAAAAGAAACACUAAGAUGAAGUUCAUCUUCAUAUUGCUCUCAAGCCUUUUACUAGGAGGUCUCUUGAUCCUUACUUUCCAAAGGGACUCAUUAGCAAGAGUUGUUUCAGGUCAAGAAUGGAACAAAAACAGGCUUGAAGUUGCUGAAAUUACAGCCAUAUCAUCACAAAAGGAACCUUUUCAGAGAAUCACUGGAUUUUUUCAUAUGAGGAAGCUAGGAUUUGGAACCAUAAUGCAUCAUGAAGAAACAAGUGUUGAUUCUAAGAAUGGAAAAAGAGAGACUUCAAAGAUUUCAGGUAAUGAGAAUGAUGGUCUGAGGAAGUCAUUUAGAAGCUUAUUUCAAGUAAAAAUGAACGAUGCGCAGAAACAUGUGACAAUGAAGGCAAAUACAAAGUUUGCAAUUCCAAGGAAUAGCCUCACCAACACAAACACAAAGUGUUCACAAAAUUGUGAUGUUGUGCCAAUUAAGGGUAGCCCAGAGAGAUCAACAAGAUCUAUACAAAUUUCUGAAGAAGCUCAAAGUAUUGAUGCUGCAAAAGAGAUUGGAAGUCUCAUGUAUAAAGACUAUAGUCAUAAGGGAAAACCAUCCCAUAGGCCACCCAUCAAUAACCACCAACCUAAUAAUCCAUAGUGUAUAAUAUUUCAGGUUCAUGAUCAUAUUCAAUUUUGUACCAAGUUGCUAGCAACUUAUAGUAAUCACCUAGAUAUAUAAUAUAGUAUAGGUUAGCUAUAUAUUAUAGUCCUUUCUUUUUUCAUGUGCCAAAAAGUUUGUUUGUUUGUUUCCAAAUAUUAAAAAGAGAUAUAUGUAGACUGCAUGCAUUUUCAGUAUUGUUUAUUAUAUUAUACCUUCAAGCCAAUAACAGAAGAUUAAUGUAAAUGAAAGUAUAAGAUAAUGGACACGAUCGAUCUUUGUUAA